CGGACGAAGUCGGACUCUCACUCUCCUCUCCAAAACACUCUCACUCUCCUCUCCAUAACUCUGACGAGCUUUUCCCAAAACUUUCUCCGGCGACCGUCACUCGCUCUCUUGCUCUGUUCUCUCGAUGGGAUGAACUUGUUGAGUAUAUUAUUUUGAGGAAGAUUGUUGACGCAGAGGAGGAUAGCAUCUUUAUUGGUUUUCCUCUUCUGAAUUUGCUGUGAGGAUUGUGAUUGCUUUGGUGGUUAGGAGGUGAUUUUGCUCCGGUGAUUUGCAAGUAGGAGGUGGUAUUGCUCUGCUGAACUUGCUGUUGAGAGGUUGACUCCUUCCGGAAAGGCAUAAUGAAUUUUGGAACAUCACUAUGCCAAAGAUUGAAUAUAAAGCAUCUGGUUACCAGUACUCCUGUUUACAGCAGUGCUUCUGAUGUCACAGGAGAAGGAUUGAGUUUGAUGUUCAGGCGCUGGGCUUCUAAAAGAGCAGGUGGAUCCACAAAAAAUGGGCGAGACUCUCAACCUAAGAAUCUUGGAGUUAAGAAAUACGGUGGAGAGAGAGUGAUACCUGGAAACAUCAUUGUUCGCCAGAGGGGCACCCGAUUCCAUCCUGGAAAUUAUGUUGGGUUAGGGAAAGAUCACACUCUUUUUGCUCUAAAAGAAGGCACAGUAAAGUUUGAAAAGCACAAGCUCAGUGGACGUAAGUGGGUGCAUAUAGAGCCCAAAGAAGGUCAUGUGCUUCACCCUAUAUAUGCAAAUACUACAGCAGCUGAGAUGGUGAAGACAGUUGAGUCCUAGUUUUGAUAAAUCUUUUUCUUGGUUCAAGCUCAUUCCCAGUUUGAUCACCAGUCAAAAAUUACUCGCAUGCCAAUUUCCCUCGGGUUUUUACAAUAACUCCUGAAUGAAAUGAACUGAGUUUUAAAUAAAGUUAGAACUAUAUUUUUGUAUCACCCAGGUUGCAGCCUUGCGGUACUCUUGAAUGUUGUCCAGUGGUGUGGGUCAUUCUUUGUAUUCCAGUAGUUCAAUCAAGAUGAACAGUCCCUCCGGGAGAAAAUGAUAUCCCUAAAAUGAUCCCUUUAAUCUUUAUCACCAAGUCAAAUUGAAAUUC